AUGGCACUAGAUCCCGAUGUACUAAAUCUUGAAAAAACAAAAUCUCAAGAGGAACGACACCCCAUACUCAAAGAAGGAACAACACCCACUUCAAGCUGUAUAACAGCAAAAAGACCGCAAGAUGCAAUGCGAGGAACGACACCCCUUCAGGUUGCACGAUCUCUCGUUCGGCUAUUUAGAGAUAUAGAAAAUUAA